AAGUACAUUUCAAGUGGCGCUUUUUGUCAGAAUGCGUGAGUGAGCAGUAGACAAAUGGCGUCUAAUCACAUCUGAUUAUGAAUGUGUGUGCUAAAAAGUAUAAAUUAUUAUAAUUUAUCGAAUUCUUCUCUUCUAAAAGUAUUCUAAGAUAAUCUAUUGAAGAAGUAGAAGGAAAUAUUAAGUCUUAACAAUGGUUAAGUUAUUUGCAUUGUCUAUAUUAUAUAAAACUGACACAUCUGCAGUGUUAUUGAAAAGCGCAUAUGAAGUAGAAUCAUUUUCAUACUUUCAACGAGGAAGUGUCAAAGAAUUCAUGGCAUUUGUCAGUAAAACGAUCACCGAAAGAACACAAAUUGCAGCCAGACAAAGUGUAAAAGAAGGUGAUUACAUGUGUCAUGUCUACGUCAGAGGUGAUAGCUUAGCAGGUGUGCUUAUAUCAGAUCAUGAAUAUCCUAAUAGAGUUUGUCAUACUCUAAUUACCAAAGUAUUGGAUGAAUUUGCAUUAAAGUAUCCACGUGAUUCAUGGGCAACAUUACAAGAAGCAACUUGUGCUUUCCCACAAAUAAAUACAUACCUAGCAAAAUAUCAGAAUCCCCAAGAAGCUGAUGCUUUAACUAAAAUGCAAAAUGACUUGGAUGAAACAAAGAUUAUUCUUCACAAUACCCUUGAAGCAGUAUUACAAAGAGGUGAAAAAUUAGAUGAUUUAAUUUCUAAAUCGGAAGGAUUAAGUAUACAAUCUAAAGCAUUCUAUAAGACUGCUCGAAAAAAUAAUUCGUGUUGCAGUUUAACCGUUUGAAUGUUUACAUCUAUAUUCAUUGCAAUAUAACUUGUUUAUGAAUGAAAUGAAAUCAUUAAAUAAAAUUUAUUCGAAGAUGUAUGGUAAAUGUCAUUUAUGUGCUUUAUUUUUUAUAAUAAUAUUCGAAAAAGAUAAUCUUUGUUAUUUGCAUAAAAUUACAGAUAAUAUAAAAUGGAUGAAUUAAAUUCACACAAAUAUUUAUAUAAAAGAACUUCAAUAAUUAAUAUUCACACGAUAUUACAUCAAUAAUUUUAGUCAUCUUUCUUUUAACGAAAUGAUAUUUAUAAUAUGUGUUAUAUAUCAACCAAUAA